GACUUCCGGGUCACGGCGGAGUGGGCUCUCACGUGGAGGCGGGGAGGUUUGGCCUGCCGGAAUGAUCACCAAGACCCAAAAAGUAGACCUGGACGUUGGGCUCCCAGAGAAAAAAAAGAAGAAGAAGAAGGUGGUUAAAGAACCAGAGACUCAAUACUCAAUUUUAAACAAUGAUAAUUAUUUUGCCAGUGUUUCUCCCACAAGAGCCACAUCCCCCUCUAAGAAUGUGGUCCAAGGGCAGACACUGGAGAUGCCUCUAGUGAAGAAAAAGAAGAAAAAGAAGGGCCACAACACGCUUUGCGAGGAGCAACUAGAACCUGAGACCACGUUAUGUGCCAGACGGACAGAGAAGUCACCCAGCCCCAGGAAGCAGACCCUUGGCCACUCGGAGUUCCUCAGCAGGGAGAAGAAAAAGAAGAGGAAGUCCUUGUUACCUCCGGCCGUGUCCCAUGGCUCGGGGGCGAAGACCUCCCCAGACCGCAGACAGAGUGAGGAGGUGACCAGGGCUAGCAAGAAGCUCAAAAAACACAAGAAGGAAAAAAAGGCCCAGGACCCCACAGGCUUUUCAGUCCAGGACCCUUGGUUCUGCGAGGCUGGGGACACUGGGUACGCGUGCUCGGUGGGGCAGGAGAGCGAGGAGCAGGCUGCCCCAGGGCAGAAACGGAAGCAGGGGAGCCCCAGGGAACAUAGCGGGAAAGGGAAGAAGAAGACAAAGAUCCACCAGGAGGGAGACGCCCUCAUAGGCCACUCCAAGCUCUCCAGGUCCAUGGAGAGCAGCCCUAGGAAAGGAAGUAAAAAGAAGCCAGUUAAAGUUGAGGCUCCAGAAUACAUCCCCAUAGGAGAUGGCCCCAAGUCCCCAGCAAAGAAGAAAAUGAAGUCAAAGAAGAAGGUAGAACAGCCAGUUGUUGAGGAGCUGCCUCUGAAAAGGAAGAAGAAGAAAAAGAGGAAAGACAGCACCGGGUUAGCAGGAGACCCUUGGAAGGAGGAGCAGGACGCAGACCUGGAGGUGGUGCUGGAGAAGAAAGGCAACAUGGAUGAGGCGCACAUUGACCAGGUGAGGCGAAAGGCCUUGCAAGAAGAGAUCGAUCGUGAGUCGGGCAAAACGGAAGCUUUCCAAACCGAGAAGUGGACGGGAACCCAGUUUGGCCAGUGGGAUACUGCUGGUUUUGAAAAUGAGGAACAGAAACUGAAAUUUCUCAAACUUAUGGGUGGCUUUAAAAAUCUGUCCCCUUCGUUCAGCCGCCCCCCUAGCAUGGCUGGAAGGCCCAACAUGGCCCUCAGCAAGAAGGCAGCCGACACCCUGCAGCAGAACCUGCAGCGGGACUACGACCGGGCCAUGAGCUGGAAGUACAACCGAGGAGCCGGCCUCGGCUUCUCCCCCGCCCCAAACAAAAUCUUUUAUAUCGACAGAAACGCUUCCAAGUCUAUCAAGUUGGAAGAUUAAACUCUAGUGUUCUGUCCCCCAAAACAGCCAAAAUUGCUUUUAUUCUUCAGUUAUACCGAUGAAAGCCAUCUGAUAGUUGCCUUGAAUUGGACGCCUGUGACGAUUAAGGACGACUGUCUCGGGCUUGGAUGGACUGGGUGGGGGCGCUCAUGUUUCAGGAGCCGGGAGAACAUGUGAGUGGCCGAAACCUAUUAUUUUCUGUGUUAAACAUUCCAUCCCUCUUUGAGGUAUCCGUGUGUGUGUAAAGAAUAAUAGCUAACAUUUGUUGAGUGUUUAGCAUGU